AUGGCCAUGGCUGCGCUGGAGCCUUUGGGCCAGAGCCAGCCCGCGAGUGUGGCGCUGGAGCCCACCGGCCAGGCUUUGCAGGCACUGGAACCCCAGAGCCAGAUAGAGCAUGGCAGAGCCCUGUUGGAGCUGCUGGGCCACAGUCGGCCUGCGUGUUCCAGGACCAACGCCGACGCCAGCCUCGACGAGGAGCCGCGGGCUGACGAGCGGGCGCCGCCGCGGGGCGGCGCCGCGGCACGCGAGCCCUGCCACCGGCAGGUUGCGGCCAUGUCGACCAGUCUCCAGGAAUUGUCGGACGAGGAUGAUCCUGCCUGCCUCGUCGUCGUCGAGCACCUCCACAAGCUCGGCUUCAGGGCCGAGCAGAAGCUGAAGAGCCACUUCUCCCGGUACGGAGCCGUGUCCCGGGUGAUGGUCGUGCAGCGCCAGCAGGAGACCCUGAAAGCAGCCGCCGCUGGCGCUUGA